AUGUCUGGCGCUGAAGCUGCCCUCUUAGGAGUGGGCAUUCUCUGCAACGCGAUGCAAAUCCUCACUUUUGCCAAGGACUCCAUCCACGUGUAUCGCAACAUCCGCGAUGGCCGAGCUCCUGACCCAAAUUUGGACUCAUAUCUUAAGAACGCCAAGGCCUCUUUCGAUGAGAUGAAUCAAACUGCCGCGCAAAUGGGGCCACUGAGUAGGGAGCAGCAGAAAAUUGUUGAUGUUGGCAAAAAGGUGCAUGACUGCUUGGACGAGCUGCAACAGCAGUUUGCCAAGCUACAUGUCGACGAAGGUUCGAAAACAGGCAUUCGUGGCAAAAUUUCUGCAUUAAAGAAAAGUGCUUUAGCGAUAUGGCGAGGAAAGGAACUUCAAGAUGCCGAGGAGAACCUACAGCGAUAUGAACAACUCCUGCAUGGUCUCCUCCUGGAUCGUCUGUGCAGUCAAUCUCAAGCCGCUGAGAUCGCCUCCUUGGAAUCCUUCCAUCAUUUGCAGGUGGCUUUGCAAACCAUCAUAUCGCAGCUGGCACAGGGCUCUACGAGCGUUUCAGACCUAAUCUUAGGUGUCUCUACACUUGUCAACGAUCGGAUUACAGAUGAGCACGCUACGACGAGAAAUGUGAUUGAAAAUCGUGCAACUUCAGCGGAGAACAAAAUCUGUCAGAGUAUGUCUCAGUCGAUCGAUCAACUUCGUCAAGAGCUGCUGGAUCGCGAGCAGGAUAAGGCUUUUGACAAACAGUAUGAGCAACUUCUGUCGAGUUUGCGGUUCCCAGAAAUGAACGGCCGGAAGAACAAGAUAUCGGAUAACUAUCCUGGGACUUUCAACUGGAUGUUCGAUCGAAAUGGCGAGCGACAGUCCAACUAUAGCUCGUCAUCAGAACCUCAUCAAUCCGAUACGGGUAGUGGGGCCGAGACGUCCUACAAGCCAGACUUUGACAGUUUUCCGGACUGGCUAGAAUCUGACUCGAAUGUUUUCUGGGUUAGUGGCAAGCCAGCCUCAGGCAAAAGCUUCCUGAUGAAGUACCUUGCUCUCAGUCAUUUAACACUCAGGCAUCUGAAAGUCUGGCGCUCUGAUGUCCAGAUUCUAACACACUUCUUCUGGAAACCCGGACAAACACUGCAACGUAACGUCGAGGGAAUGGCUUUGUCACUCCUCCAUCAAGUCUUGGAUGGCAGACCUGGUCUUUGUCGAAGGUUGUGUGAGGCACAAUCUUCUGUCCGGCACAAACGAAAUUAUCCAGAUUGGAGCCUUGAAGAACUGUCAGUCGCUCUGAUUUGGGCACUACAAGCCUCUUCAGAAGGAUUCUGCAUCUUUCUCGAUGGUCUGGACGAGGCUGAGGAGCUACAGCAUCUAUCUUGGCCAGAGUGGACAAGCGCUGAAGUCAUCCACAAGCUGCUGAAAGUCAAUAAUAUCAAGCUAUGUGCAUCCAGCCGAGAAGAAGGUUCAUUUUCCUCCUUUUUUAAAGACGCUUUUCGCUUAAGGAUUCACCAGUUGAAUGAUCGCGACAUUAGGCUUUUCGUCAGGGAACGGCUUGAUGUCGAUGGAGUUGUGUGGCAUGAACGAAAUAGCCUUCGAUACGAGAUUGUGAAGAAGGCUGAGGGCGUGUUCCUCUGGGCCGCCCUUGUAGUAGGUCGACUAAACCGUGCGAUACGCCAAGGCAAUGCAACUAUCGAAAUGCUUCAAGAGCGCAUUGAUCAAACUCCCUCGGACCUCACUACGCUAUACACUGACAUGUGGGAAAGAAUUGGAGAUGACGCCCAAUUACGCAGCAUUCGAGUGACCGCUUCGCUCUACUUCAAUCUCGUUAUUGCAGCUCGUGAAGUCCAUGAUAGGUUAUCGCUAGGCGGCCCUUUCUGGAAUGCAGAUACCGCAAGAAUGUCUUCACUAGUGAUCAUGGCAACAGCUGCCCAAGAUAAGUCAAUGGAGGCUGUAUUGAACGCAGGUCGCCUCAUCACAAGUGGGGAGCUUCUCGCCAUGUGUUCAAAAGCUGAGAAUGAACUACAAUGGGCUUGCCGUGGCCUUCUUCAGGUGAUCACAACCCCCAAUACAUUCGGUAGUUUUUUUAUUGGAGAUAAGUAUUUGCUGGAAUACAACUCGACCAAAGUCGACUUUAUUCAUAGGACUGCCUUUGACUUUAUCAUGGAUACAGGGCCUGGUCGUGAGUGCCUUGACUUCUGUGGCCCCUCCAGAAGUCAGCAUGCUUCCAGGCUAUUUGCUGGCCAUUUGAUCAGAGCAAGGUUCAUUCAUCUCAGGUAUAGCAAUCGAUUUAAGCCCAUGAACAUUGAGAUGCUAUCGUGCAGUUGGGAUAUCGAUUACGACGGCAUGUUGCAGAUAGCCUUUUUUAUGUGUUGCGACGAUCGCCUGUCCAGGAAAGACUCAGUUGGACAAGAUGCGUUCCUUACGCUUGACAUGUCGCAACACCAGGCCGCGACGACCGAUAACCAACUGUAUUCUUUCAGAAAAACCUCACUCAAUCACGGCCUACUUGAUGCCCUGGAAGCGUGGCAGUCAUCUGGGCUAUUCAGAGGUCACAAGUACUACACCCCUCUGGCCUAUUCCCCCUCCAGCUCGAACUCUGUUGAAAUUCACAUGAUGGGGGCCAUUACUUCGGCAAUUUUCUGGAAAUCAGACUCUGUAAAUUGGGUCCUCGGCUUGAUGAGCGUACUUGAGAUAUAUCCUGCGUCGGUAUUCCUCCAAGCUAUUCCGGCCAUUCUUCGGGCAAUUUUCAUUGGGUGGUUCCCUUCUGGGCACCGCGCUUCUUCCGAGCUACUCGAAUACAUUCUUCAUCGCUUGCAGUCGAUUGCCAGAAAAGAGGCCAACUAUCAGGUCUCUGUUAAAAAUUCCAUUCUCGCUCUACACUCUUUAUACAUCACGACUUGUCUGAAGCUCUUGACCUCUAUUGGAUUUCUUGUCGACUUCUCUGGAGACCAUCUGUUGAGUCAGACGAGUAAAAGUUUUCAUGCAGAGGAUUGGCAACAUAUUCUUUUACUACAGUUCCAAACUAAUCACACUUACACGAACCAGGCUGAUGGAAAAGACUGCCACUACGCCCUCGUGGCUGUGAAUAUUGCUACAGCUCAUCAGAUAUUUAAUAUCGCGUCACAAAGACUUGGACAAGAUAUUCCUCGCCUUCACAUACCAGACAAUAUCAGCUCUCGAUUCGAUGUAAUAAUUGUUGCAGACAUGUACCAGGACAGCAGACGCAAACACAUGACUAUCGCGAACCGUUACGCUCCUAGUGAGCGCUUUCAUGACCGAAUCAAACAAUUGGUAUGGAUGGAACUGCGUGGAGGUUUGAAGCUUGAAGGAGGCAAGACCUGGCCACAAAUACUAGAGUGCUCUAACAGUACGUUAAGCCCCGUGGAUGCUGACAGGGCUGACAAAUAUGUAAUGGACAUAUUGGAUGAUUGUGGAAUGGACUAUCUACUGCCUUUGGUAGCAUUGGCAGGCAGUAGAAAUAUUUCGAAUUAG